AUGCCGAAAACUUUCUAUCUUACCACCCCUAUUUUUUAUCCAAAUGCCCGUUUACACUUAGGACAUGCCUAUGCCAUGGUUAUGGCUGAUAUUAUUGUUCGCUACAAAAAAAGUCGCGAAUUAAACAUUUCCGAACACAUUUUUUACCGCACUUCUUCCUCUCCGCACAAAGAAAAAGUUCAAAAAAUAUUUACCGAAUUAUUAGACAAAGGCGAUAUUUAUGUGGGUGAAUAUCAAGGAAAAUACUGCGUUAGUUGUGAGGAUUAUGUGAGCGAUAGUAAAGCAGUUGAUAAUGACUUUUGCCCGGCUCCUAACUGCCAUGCCGAACUACGAAAAAUUAAUGAACCGGCUUAUUUUUUGAAAGUUAGCCAGUAUUAUUCUCAAUUAGUAGAGCAUUAUCAAAAAAAUCCCCAUUUUCUUUUGCCUGCCAAUGCCAAAAAAGAACUUUUUAGCAUUCCAGUUCCCAAUAACCCCAAAAUGGUUAUUUAUGUUUGGUUUGAGGCUCUGCUUAAUUAUCUUAAUUCAGAAGCGGGAGAAAAAUUUUUUUUGGCUAAUUUUUCGGCAGAAAAUAAAAAUAAUAGCCCCUCCCAAGUCUCUUGUGUGGCUAUCCAAAACAAAAAUAACGAUUAUCUUUUAGUUUAUAAUAAAAAGUAUGCUAAAUGGCAGAUACCGGGCGGCAAAAUAGAAUCGAACGAAACGCCCUUAGAAGCGGCCAAAAGAGAAGUUUUUGAAGAAACUAAUUUAGUAGUUAAAGAUUUAGAAAAAAUUGGCGAAAAAAAUUUUUAUGUUAAUGAUAUUUGCAUGAGUGAAAUAGAAAAAAUUAAUCUACAAUUUAACGAUAAAGUAACCGAAUAUUUACUAGAAAAAUUAAAUGCUAACCGGAUUUUGGCUCAUGGCUGGUUAGUUGAUUCCAAAGGAAGAAAAGAGAGCAAAAGUAUAGGUAAUACUACCGAACCUUCCGAAUUAUUAAAGAAAUAUCCCACUGACUUAUUAAGGAUUUACUUUAUUGCUAAAAUUAACUUUUUACAAGACGGAGUUUGUUCGGAGCAAUUGUUAAGAGGUUUUUAUCACGAUUUUUUGGUUAAUAAUUUAAGUAAUUUAGUUUCUCGGGUUAAUAAAAUGCUUCAUUUAUACUGUCAAGGAAUUAUUCCGAAGUUAGAAAAAACGGCAAAAAACGAAAAAUUAGCGGUUUAUUACCUUAAAUGUAAUUCGGUAGUAGAAAAUUUUCAAGCAAAAAUGGAUAAAUAUGAAUUAAGUGGCGCCUUUUCCCAAAUCGAACAACUGGUUAAUGAAACAAAAUUGGAAAGCAGGAUUAACGAAUUAGAAAGUAAAAUAAGUAGUUUGGAAUCAAGCAGUAGCAAUCAAUUAGUUCUGAAAAGACAAGAAAGAGAUGUUCUAAGUGAAAAUGAAGUUAGAAGAAUAACUGGUUUGUUUAAUGCUUUACAACUUGAAAACAAUAGAAGUAAAGAAAAAAUCAAAGAACUAAAAGGUGAAUUAGGGCAAUCUCGAAAAGACUUUUUAAAACAAAAAAUAAGUUUAAAGGUAGGGAAAUUAGAAACCUUUAUCCAACAAUUAGGAGUUAAUCGAGGAAAAAUUAUGGAUAACCUCCUUAAUGCUUAUAAACAAUUGCUAAGAGCAGAAAAGAAUUUUAACCAAAACAAUAUUGAUGAAGCCGAAAACGGCAUUAAUAAUAUCAAACAAGGGCUUUUAACCAAUGGAAUUAUUUAUCGAGGAAUCAGUGUAGAUAAUACCCAAAAGAUUUGUAGUAAAUGCGAAAAGUUGGCUAAGUUAAAGUUAGAAUUGAACCAAAUCCAACAAGAGCAAUACCAAGCUCUUCAAAUUCAGCCAUCAAAUAACUAA